AUGGAUGUGGCUUCGCAUGGGCUCUACGAUGGGAUGAGCGAGCAAGAGGUUUGCGACAUAGCCGCGACGGUCGAUCCAGAAACACCAGAGGUUUAUUUGGGGCUAAAAAGGGCGAGGCGAGCGCCACCAGGUUCCUUCCUGCUGCUAGCUACUCUCUCUUACAUCCAGAGCUUCUUAGAGAUCGGCACGCCGGAGAUCGACAUUGAUUGGCGUGCUAGCGGCGCACGAUCGUGCGGGAGAUCAACAUCGGCAGCAAAGAAAAAGCUUCUUUCUUGCGAUGCAUCGGCUCAUUAUCGAUUUCCAUUGUUACUUUGCAGCCAUGCUGUUGCUUGUGGCUUUCCUGAUCCUAGCGAUCUUUCCCGCGGCUUAAGAGCGAUGAAGUCAACCUUGCGGCUGACUCUUCCUCGACGUGGAAAUUGUAAGGGGAGAGAUUGGGAGAGGAGGCUUUGACCGUGUGUAGGUAUCCUAAUGACUCCCAAGGUUAUGUAGUUAAAGUUGUGAUGGUAAGGCAUUCUUUCAUUUUAUUUUUUUUUUGUUUGUUUUUUUAUCCAAAUGUUAGAUGAGGUGCAAUUGGUUUCAGCUUAUUGGGAGAUUUAUUUUGGUUUUAUAUUAAGGAGUAAAUAAAUGUGAUGUGGUAAA